AUGCCAAUCGGAUGCGCCCGCGGAGCCUUUCUGGAUGGGGGCAAGUUGGGUGAAGUUGCAUGUGUCGUGUACUCGGUACGCGGUACGCCUCUCGUCGAGCGAGCGAGCGAGCGAGCGCCUCUUUUUGUUUUCUCUUGUCGCCAUUGCCCCCAAUUCUCCACACAACCACCCAUCCUUCCAUCCUACUCAGCCAUGAGAGAGCCAAGCCAAAGCAGCAAACAGUUUACAUGCAACUUUUUGGUGCUACUGACGCAGGGAGGUCCACGUUGGGCUUGGCGCUUGACUCGGGUCUCGCUCGUGAGUUUAGCGGGUUCAGCUCCUUUGCCAUGGGUUAGCGAGACAUGUCAUAUUGCAUAG